GUCUAAGUGGUGAGGAGUGGAACCGUUACUUGGUUGUGCACCGAUCACCAUGGUUGAGAUGCGUACCGGAAAGAGUACCGCCCCUUAUACCGCAGAAGAGGAGGCAAAGGCCGCCGCCAUCCUAAAAGAGAGAAGAGAGAGGAUUGAGGCCAAGAAGAAGGCCUUGUUGGAGGCGCAGGCGGCGAAGUUGAAGAAGAUAGAGGAAGAGAUGGCCAAAGAGAAGGAGUGGUUGAAGAAAGAAGAAGAGAAGUUGAAGGCGGUGGAAGAGGAAGAAGAACAACCACUGGAAAUGCGAAGGGCAGGAGGAAGAGGAGAAUCUAGUGGGAUGAAAAAUGAUCAAUUGGAGAAGAAGAUUACAGAGUGGGUUGCAGGUUUGUCUCUAGGCGAAGAUGAGGAGGACUUGAUGUAUGUGCCCAGGGAAGAACAGAAGGCGGCCGUGAAAGAGAGGGAUGCUGAAGAAGAUCCACUCAAGCGGCAGGUGUUGGAAGAUGAGAAAAGGAUGGAGUGGAAGUUCCGUCUGACAAGGGAAAGGAAAAGAAGAAUGGAGGCAGCAACGCAGGCCGCGAGAGAAUUAGAGGAGAUCAAGAAGCAGAGGGAUCAAAUGGCGGUACAAGUAGAUUUGUUGGGAAAGAUAGAGAUCCUGGCGAAGAACGUAGAACGCCUGGCACAGGUCCAGGAGGAGCAGUUCCUGUUUGGGAGAAGUCAAGACAUUGUCGUGCGUUCUAUACGAGUGGGGCUCAAGGACUUUGCACAAGAAUUAGCGACACAGGUGGGCUCGGAGGUGAGUGCCCGCCUAGAGGGCACUGAACGAUACUGCGCAGGCGCCAUAGAGGGCGCCAAAGUGGCUGCUCCCAACGAGGAGGAAGUACGUCCUCGUAGGGAGUCUGUCAAAGUCAAGUUUCCUGAUUCCUACAGUGGGAACAAGGAGGAAAACUUUGACAACUGGGAGUCUAAUAUUAAGACCUACGUGCACUUGCAAAAGGUCUCCCCAGAUGAGCAUGUGCUAGUCGCUAUUCACUCGCUAAAGGAAGAGGCCGCCAGUUUUGCCCGAUCCCUAGUCCGCGCUGCAAACUGCAACGAGGAUGUAGUUGCUUACCCUGCGUUCACACCCCUCGCUGAUUUUCUUAAGUUGUUGCGCGAACGAUUUGUCGAUGUCUCACGCAGUGUCAAAGUUUUCGAUAGGUUGCAGACUAUCCACUCUCGUCAGUGGAGGAGUGUCAAGGCACUCAAAGGGGUAAUGGACGAGUUAGUGGUUGUCCCUGACCAUGGGGUCACAGAGACCCAACUGUCGGUGAUGCUGAGAAACCAUCUGCAAGCACUCUUAGAUGGUGCAAUCAAACGGGAACAGGAGUCAGAAAAGGAGAGGAAGGAGACCCUGCUAAGAAGGCAAGUAGCUCUCCUAGAGACUGUUCCCUCACUGACUGAAGAGCAGUGCGGAGAACAGUUGCAGUCCAUACUCACAGCCUUGGUUCAAGUCCGAAAUCUUGAGGACCAUACCACUCAGAUCGCUGAAGUUUUUGCGAAACUGCGGACUCUUCAGGAUGAUCUGACUGAGAUGACCCGCAAGUAUCAUGACUUGACCAAGGAGGUGGCUGACCUGCGACAAGCCCAAGUGGCCAACCCUCUCCCUCUACCUCCUGGAACUGAAGAUGCAAUCGAAACUACCUCUGCCCCUCUUACUGUAUCUUCUUCUACCUCUUCUUCGAGUGUGAUGGCAACUUCUUCAGGACCUGCAGCAGGUGCAGAUUCCACUGUUGCUGUAACAAGCAAUGAGGCUAGAAUUUCUGCAAUUGCUGCAGCCCGAAGACCGGAACCAGCUGCUGCUGGUCCCAGCCACGCCAGUCCCUAUGUGGACCGGAAGGCGGUUCAAAUACCGUCCAAGUACGAUGGCAAGGAAGACAUUGAGUCCUCGAUCGGCUCCAUGAGGGCCUACUUUGAGAUCCUGGGGACUCAAGCUGAGACCCAGGCAGUUAUCAUGGGUAUGAAUGUCGAGCCAGUCGUACGGGGCUUCCUAGAAGUCCAAGCAACGCGGGCUGGGUUUCCAAAGGCUGCACUGGCCAAAUGGCUAAGGGCCACCCCGGUUGCCUCUCUCGAAGAACUCCUUACCUCAGAAUACCAAGAUCCACAUGUUGUUGCUAAAGCAAGAAUUCAACUGGAUAAAGUUAAGCACAGCAAGUGGAAUGGCUCCAUGAAAGGCCUGCAAACCUAUCUAAGCAAGUUGUUUGCCACUCCUGGCUUGGAAUUGUCCCCUCAAUGUUGCUUGGAUGUGGUCAAGGGCGCAGUCCCAACUCACUUUACUAGUCGCCUGGGCACGGGCUACAUUGCGUACACAGACUGGCUCGCUUUAAUGAAGGAUGUAGUCGGUCUGGAGGCCAUGGACCUCGUUAGCACGGCAGGCAGCAAGAAGCCUAUGGGCGGCAGACGGUUCAAGGGCAGCAACCGUUUUGCUGUGCAUGACCUGCUUGAGCCUGAAGAAGGAGCCAAUGCGGUUGACCCCACUCUUGGUGACGACCAAGAACAGGAUUCCGAUACGACUUAUUCGGUCGUCUCUAUACGCGACUUGCGACCGGACUUUGGUGAUCCCUUUGCUGAUUCCCCACCCCCACCUGUCCCAUCAGACAUCCAAGCCCUCCUCGAUCGGUUUCCGGAAGUCUUGACCGAGCCACGUGGAGUCCCCACGCGACCGGUUCGACACACCAUCGAGUUGAUCGAGGGUGCUGUUCCUCCAAAGGGUUGUGUGUACCGUAUGGGACCCGUCGAGUUGGAGGAACUCCGACGACAGAGUGAAUCAGAAUUUGGUGCUCCUGCGUUUUUUGUGCCAAAGAAAGGAGACAAACUCCGCAUAUGUAUCGACUACCGCGGUCUAAACCGCAUCACAAGAAAGAAUGCUUACCCAUUGCCUCGUAUAGAUGACUUGCUUGAUGCCGCAGGCGGAUGCAAGGUCUUCUCCAAGAUCGAUCUCAAGUCUGGCUACCACCAGAUUGAAGUCGAUCCUGCGGACCAGCACAAGACUGCGUUCAAAACGCGCGACGGGCUUUAUGAGUUUACCGUAAUGCCCUUCGGUCUUACGAACGCACCAGCCACGUUCCAAAGCCUCAUGGACAAGGUCCUCCGCGAACAGAUUGGCCGGUUCGUGGUAGUGUACCUGGACGAUAUCCUGAUUUUCAGCAAGUCCAUGGAGGAACACCUCAAACAUCUUGAGGAGGUACUUGCCGUCCUCAAGAAGACGCAGCUCCAUCUCAACUUGGAGUACACAUCUAGAUGCCUACUUGUAAUGAUUGCAGCUUUGAGAACCUUCAGUGGAGACCUUCUGACCUAUUGGAGGGAGAGCGCAUCAGGAAUCAACCGGAUCAGUUACUUCUUGGCGAAGGAUUUGAUCGAUUGGAUUCAUGUGGGAUUAAAGCCUUUAGUUUACCUGCUGGUUUUCCACUUCUUCACCAAUACGAGGGGUGGUACAGGGACCACUCCUUAUACAAAGGAGCAAGAGCAGGAGGCCGCAAGAAUAUUGGCUGAGCAGAAGGCCAGGAGAGACAAAAAGGAGUUGCAGAAGAAGGCGGAAAAGUUGGCACUCCUAGAAGAGAAAGCAAAAAAGGAGAAAGAAUUGGAGGAGGAGUUGAAGAGGUUGCAGAAGGAGAAGGAAGAAGUUGCAGCCUUAGUUGAUGAAGAAGAAGAAGAAGAAGAAGAAGAAGAAGAAGAAGAAGAAGAAGAGAUUCGCUUGGAAAGAAAUGUGAAGAGAGAGGAAAGAGGGGAAUCGAGUGGCACGAAGCUUGGGGACCCAAGGCUGGAGAAGAUGGGCACCCCUCCUGACCUGCGGCACCCCAUGGUGCAGGAGCUCACCUCGUCUUCAUCAUGGUGGGACACAGCAUCAGCGACAAAGAUUAUAGGCAUGUACAAGCAACAGAUACAAGAAACGGUUGCGACGAUACUGCAAGUAGAGGGCAGCCUGCCACCGGUGAUGCUACAAGAGGCAGAAGACACCUUCGUUGGAUGGGGGGAUGAGCUGCGAGAGAUUGCUUCCUCAUUACUGGGCACUCUUGAUGAGGAACAAGUUACAAAUGAUAUACAAGAGUGCCUUGUGCAAUUGAAGAAGCUGCAACAAGUCAUAGCACAACAACGGGCGGUAACCACCAUCGACAACUCACCGAUGGAUGAAAGUUGCUCUGUCACAAUCCAGGGGCCGCACUGCGGCUGCCUGAUCAACGACAUGAUACCGAAUCAGGACAACCGGGAGGCUGAAGGAAUGCUGGACAACACUCCACGUGGCUGUCAGACACAGGAUCGCCUUCAUAUGUGGCACCUGCAGACGACUGACACAGUGGGGGUGGUGAUGAGUCAGGCGCGGGACGGCCGCUGGGGUGGUGAUGGCAUAAAGCCUGAGGACAACAAGAUUGCAGCGAUUAGAGAUUGGCCGACCCCGCGUACAUUCACAGAGUUUAGAUCGUUCCUAGGAUUGUCAAAUUAUUACAGGAAGUUUGUAAGGAACUUUUUUGCCAUCGCUACUCCCCUUCGUAGAUUGCUAAAGAAAGAGGCGAUCUGGAAGUGGGACCGAGAUUGUACAUCCGCCCUGAAGAAGUUCAAGCGGUCCUUGAUCGAGUCUCCAGUCCUCAAGGUAGCCGAUCCGUCUUUGCCUUUCGUUGUCACCACGGAUGCUAGUCAGUAUGGUAUAUGUGUUGUCUUACAACAAGAUGGUGGCAAUGGGUGUAGACCCGUAGAGUUCAUGUCUGCUAGGAUGCCUUCAGAGAAGGUAGCGACAUCGACCUAUGAGAGGGAACUCUACGCUCUCAGGCAAGCGUUAGACCACUGGAAGCACUACUUGCUUGGGAGACACUUCAAAGUCUAUUCAGACCGCGAGACAUUGAGGUGGUUGAAGAUACAGGCCAAGAUGAGGUGGGCCGCCGAAAUAGAUCAAUUUGACUUCGAGCUCAAGCCAGUCAAAGGUAAGUAUAAUGUGGUUGCAGACGCCCUCAGUAGAAGAGCCGACUACUUUGGAGCCAUAGUUCACCAUCUGGAUAUAGGGUCAGACUUACAACAAAAAGUCGUAGACGCAUACGCGCAGGACCCUAUCUAUUGUGACCUCCUAAAGAGAGUUAAGGAGGAACCAGCCAGUGAACCGCAUUACCGAACCACUAAUGGGUUGUUGUUUGAGAAGACAGACGACGUAGAUCGGCUAUGCAUUCCCAAUAGUGAGGAAAUCCGCAGUUUGAUCCUGGGGGAAUGUCACGAUACGGAAGGGCACUUCGAUUGGCAAAAGACCCUCGCCAACCUGAUACGUGCCUAUACGUGGCCUAGCAUGAAAGGUGACUGCAUAGAGUAUGUGCGUAGUUGCAAAACAGCGAGAAGAGAAGGAAGGGAGAGAGAAGGUGUUCUGUUUGAGAGUGUGAGGAAGGGCAAGAGGAGUGUUCGUCCCAACAUCAGGAGAGAGCGGACCCCUCUUGAGAGAUCUACUGACACUCCUUCCUCCGGCAUGGCGGACAUCACCUCUGCCCAAUGGCAAGCCAUGCUAGACGCAGGAGAGGAGAACGAGAAACCGUUCUUCCAGAAACUUUAUGAUGAUGCCAUACAGAGGGAAAGGGAGGCAGAGGCAGCAGCCAGAGCCACGAGUAUAGCUGCUCAGGUGGCCCUCCUUCAGGUCCCGGAAGCCAAUGCUGACUGGUUCCAGGAAAGGUUAGCUGCCGUCGUUGCAGCCUUGGUUCAACUGCGGAACUUGGAAGAUCUUGAGUCCCGUCUAACAGCACUGGAGCAGCGGAACCAGGAGCUGCAGGCUGAGAUAAUCAGCCUCAAACAGUCUCAACUGUCUGCCCCCCGCCCUCCUUACCCUCGAUCUGCUGCAGUCGCAGUAUCUCAAUCUAACACAAUCCUCAUGGCAAGAGCAAGUGGAACUGUGGCAAGCACAGGCACCGGUGCCAGCUCCUCGAGCGGCAGCGCCGACAGUUUUGCACUAGUCAUAGUCCCAAAUGCGGGGACAUCAGCCCAAAACUCCACAGUCCUUACUGGCGUUCAGUACAACGGUCCCAUGGUGGACAAGCGGGCGACCACUCUGUCGUCCAAGUACGGCGGGAAAACGGACAUUACCUCUUGGAUUAGUUCCAUGCGGUCAUACUUCGAGGUUAUGCGGACACCACAAGAGGACCAAAGUAUGAUCAUGGGGACUAAUACCGAGCCCGCCGUACGGAAUCACAUUGAGCUUCAAGCUGUUGCUGCAGGCUAUGAACGAAUAGACCUGACUAAAUGGCUGAAGGCCGAUAUUAGGCGCACGACCUGGGUAGAGAGGUGUGCGUCGGAAAGCUGUACGGCUUGGGAUGCCAUGACGACGGCGGAAUGUAUGAUUGGUGAUGAGAGCAUGCUGAUGUGGCAUAUGGCUGAGGUGGCACUGCAUUGCAUUGUGGGUGGUACCGAGGCUACGACCGGUCAUCAAAUGCACACUCAGCUCAAUUGACUGGACUUUAUGCAAAACUCUUUGGAUCAAAUCUUGGACCUUUUGCAAAGGCCAGGAUUACUGGCAGCAGCACAGUCGCCAUUGCCGUUAACGGCGAUGUCAGGCCCCUUUCCGAUACAAGCUGGCACACAGCCAAGUGGUACGUCUGCAGCAGCCGCACAGACUGUUGCUUCUUCUUCUUCUGGUCCAGCGGCUACACCACAACCACAACAAACUGUUCCACCACAGGGACAGCAGCAAGGUCAAUGGUACCCAAAGACCCCAAUGAAACCGCCCCUUGCCUUCUCCGGUGAGAAGAAGGACGAGGAACUCAACACUUGGUUGAGAACCGUUCCAAUGUGGGUAAGGGCAAAGAGGACGUUGCAGGAGGAGGAGGUGAUUACUGCUGCAUCUUACCUUGAGGGUAAGGCAGCCAAAUGGCUGGAUGGAAUAGUAGCAAAGGCCGGGUUUGGACGACGCAUGGCAGACUGGGGUAAGACCCUCAUUUUAGAAGAGUUCUUAGAUAUGGUAGAAGCUCGCUGGCAUAAUCCGCAGCAGGCACAAAUUGCCACUGACGCGAUGUUGAGACUGCACCAGCGAAAGUACAAGACCUUACUGGCCAGCGAGGCUCGCUUCGAGUAUCAUUCCUUUGAGACCUUCUCGAGAAAGGCCGAUUUGGAGGCUACUCUAGGAAGUGCUCAGCCUACUCCAGUAGACGGGAGGAAGAAGAAGAGUCCACAGGAAUGGAAGAAGAAGGGUAGUAGAUUGAUGAUGGUUGAGUCCGAUGGGACCCAAACUGAAAUCGACGAACUUACCGACCUGAUGGACAGUUCAGAGUACGACGGCGAGGAAGUCGCUGAGGGUAGCACCCUUGCCGCAAUAGUAAAGACCAAGGCAGGUGGCCGAGCACCGAUUGAGUAUAUGAGCAGAAAGAUGCCAUCAAAGAAACUGGCGAAGUCCACCUAUGAAAGGGAACUCCAUGCUCUCUACAAGGCACUUGUCCAUUGGAGGCACUUUCUGUUGGGAUGGUUUUUCUAUUUGAGAACUGACCAUCAGACCCUUAGAUGGAUCAAGACUCAACCGGCUCUUUCUGAUGCACUUAAGCGUCGGAUUGAGGUCAUAGAUCAGUAUGACUUCAAGCUAGAGUAUCUGAAGGGAGAGUACAACAAGGUUGCAGAUGCGCUAUCACGUAGGGCAGACUACCUAGGGGCGCUAGUUUCUGAGUUUUGUGUAUCUGAGGAAGUAACUCAAUCGUUGGUGGGAGCCUAUCAGGAAGACCCUGUCACGAUGGACAUCAUACACAAACUUCAGGCGAAAGAUAAGGCCACAGAAGAUGAGUUUGUGAUGGUGGACGGGCUACUCUUUCUUGAUAAGGGCGGAUUUAAAAGAUUAGAUAUUCCAUCUAGUGAGCAUUUGCGCAGUUUAUUUCUAGGAGAAUGUCAUGGCACAACUGGACACUUUGGCUGCAAAAAGAAGAGUGCCAAUCUAGUACAGCGAUUUUGGUGGCCCGGAAUGCUAGAUGAUGCAAAGAAGUAUGUGGAGACCUGUCAGGUCUGUCAGCGGGACAAGCCGCGAGCUCGAGCACCGCUUGGGUUGCUAAAACCCUUACCUAUCCCCGCUUGUCCGGGACAGAGUGUUUCCAUGGAUUUCAUGGACACCCUGGUGACCAGUAGGAAUGGCAAGAGGCACAUCUUUGUCAUGAUAGACCGAUUCACCAAGUACGCUAGACUAAUUGCCAUGCCAGAGACCGCAAGGACUGAACACGUCAUCAAGUUGUUUACGGACAACUGGGUGCGUGAUUUUGGACUGCCAAAGUCAAUCGUUAGUGAUAGAGAUGUCCGCUUCACAAGUGAGUUGUGGAAGAAGACUGCUGAGCAAUUGGGCAGUCAACUUCAGAUGACCUCUGAGAAUCAUCCCGAAGCCAACGGACAGGCCGAGCAGAUGAACAGAGUUGUACAACACCUGCUGAGGCAUUACAUCAAGCCCAACCAGGAUGACUGGGAUGAGAAGUUGCCUCUCAUCGCUAGCCUGUACAACAACGCUGUACACAGCAGUACCGGCAUCAGUCCUAAUCAGCUGCACUUGGGAUGGAAGCCUAGAUCAGCUCUGGACUUCCUCCUGCCUGAAAACCGACCCUCUGCAACUCCGGGCACACUUGAGUAUGGUGUGCAGUAUGAGAAGUUGCUACAGCAAGUUGUCGAGCACAUCAGGAAAUCUCAACAAGCAAUGAUUGCUUCUGAGAACAAACAUCGUCGACAAUCCUCAUUUCAGGUAGGGGAACGUGUCUGGGUCAAGGCUAGUGAGCUAGGACAGGAAUUCGGUAUCUCUCGAAAACUAAUGCCUCAGUAUUUUGGUCCCUGGGAAGUCCUGGACAUAGUUGGGGAUGAGAUGAUGGAUGGUCCUUCCUAUGUUAUCCGUAUCCCUGGUCACCUGCGCACGGGCCCUGUGUUUCAUGCCUCAAAGCUUGCACCUUUCGCUGAGACAGAUCAAUUUCCUUCAAGGAGAUCAAUGCUGCCCCCAACCAUGGAUGGCCACGUGGACAUCGACGACAUUCUGGAUCACAGAGACAUGCCUGUUCCCAGACCUCUUGGCAGAGGAAGACCUCCAAAACCCAAGAGAGAAUACAGAGUCAGAUUCAGGCAUCACACAGAUCCGAAAGAAGAUCGGUGGUUCACCAGAGAGGAACUGAUUGAAACAGCACCUCAAGUGGUGGCGGAAUAUGAAAGACAGCUAAAGGGGAAGGCACCUGCGAAGCAAGCGUCUCAGCGGACUUUCGAAGCUAAGGGGGAUGGAAUGAAGUUCGUGAGGAACUUCUCUACGAUCGCUGCUCCCCUUCGUAGACUAUUGAAGAAAGAAGCUAUCUGGAAGUGGGAUCAGGAUUGUACGUCAGCCUUCAAGAAAUUGAAGAAGGCUUUGAUAGAGUACCCUGUCCUCAAAGUUGUCGAUCCAUCAUUGCCAUUUGUUGUUACUACAGACGCGAGUCAGUAUGGCAUAGGUGUCGUUCUACAGCAAGAUGAUGGCAACGGGUAUAGGCCCGUAGAGUUCAUGUCAGCCAGGCUGCCUUCAGAGAAAGUCGCAGCAUCGACAUACGAGAGGGAACUCUACGCUCUCAGGCAGGCUCUAGAGCACUGGAAACACUACCUGCUUGGGAGGCACUUCAAGGUUUAUUCAGACCACGAGACUCUUAGAUGGCUAAAGACACAGGCCAAGAUGACGCCCAAGUUGACCAGUUGGGCUGCUGAGAUAGACCAAUAUGACUUUGAGUUAAAACCCGUUAAAGGCAAGUACAACGUGGUAGCUGAUGCGCUAAGCAGGAGAUCUGAUUAUUUCGGUGCGAUGGUACACUAUCUAGACAUAGGGGCCGAUCUGCAGCAGAAACCACGCUCUAAAUUUCAGUAUAAUUAUGCAGUUACCAUCUGCAUGUCAUAUUGCGUCGCUGGAAUCGCGUACAUCCUUAGUAUUCUGUUCAAACCCCAGGCUGCGCAGUUGACUUCUGCCGUCUUCGUGCUCAUCUCCGUGUUAAUUGGCACAAGGCCACCGAGGCGUUAUCCAGAAAUUGCAAACUUCACCUACACUGCUUGGGCACUUGAAGCAUACGUCAUCAUAAAUGCUCAAAGCGCUUUGCUGGAUAGCGGCGCGUCUCGCAAUUUCAUGAGCCAAACCUUUAUGCAAAGGGCUGGCCUUGGCACACAAGUUCGAAGGAAGGCAAACCCGACGGCGAUCAAGUUGGCAGACGGAAGGACGCAACAACUUAUCAACCGCUACAUCGAGGCCGUACCAGUGUAUUUCGCACCUCAUGCAUAUGAACCAGUGACGUUCGACAUUUUGGACACGGACUUCGACGUUAUUUUGGGAAUGCAUUGGCUUGCAAGUGCGGAUCACACGGUCAACUUCCACCAGCGGACUCUUACCGUUCAGGAUGCCUUCGGCGCCGAACUGUUGUGUACUAUUCCUCUUCCACACCCUUCGAUCCGAUGCCAAGUGGUGACGGCCAAGUCGUUUCGGGCUACUUGCGCUUACGAGCAGCCCGACAAGAGAGGCCUAUGUUUCCUACGGACCGUCGCGGUAGCCGACUCUUCACCUACGGACUUGUCUUCGGACCCCCGUGUGGUGCAGUUGCUUGACGAGUUUGCCGACAUCUUCGAGUCACCUACCGGUGUGGUGCCGAAUUGGCCGAUCUCUCACGAGAUCAUUCUUGAGGCCGGUGCCGUGCCACCAAAAGGUUGCAUUUAUCGCAUGAACGAGGAGGAGCUUAUGGUUCUCCGUGCGCAACUUGAUGACUUGUUGGACAAGGGCUGGAUCCGCCCUAGUAGCUCCCCAUAUGGAGCACCAGUUCUCUGCGUACAGAAGAAGAACAAGGAUCUACGAUUGUGCAUCGACUAUCGUAAGCUCAACAUGCAAACCGUCAAGAAUGCGGGGCGUCUUCCUCGUAUCGACGAUCUUCUUGAGCGAUUGGGUGGCGCAAAGUGUUUUUCUAAGUUGGAUUUAGAGUCGGGAUAUCAUCAAAUUUCGAUCCGGCCAAACGAUCGCUACAAAUCCGCGUUCAAGACGCGAUACGGGCAUUUUGAGUGGGUGGUCAUGCCUUUAAGCCUCACCAACGCCCCGACGACCUUUCAAGCGCCAAUGACCAAUGAGUUCCGUGCGAUGUUGGACCGGUUCGUGCUGAUCUACUUAGACGACAUUCUCGUCUAUAACCGGACAUUUGAGGAUCAUCUUGAGCACCUUCGACGAGUGUUGGAGACGCUCCGCCGCGCCAAGUACAAAGCUAACCGCGACAAGUGCGAAUUUGUCCGGCAAGAGCUGGAAUGCUUGAGCCAUUUUGUCACACCGGAGGGCAUCAGUCCGUUGUCGGACAAGAUUCAAGCCAUCCAAGAGUGGCCAGAGCCGCAGAACGUCAUGGAUGUCCGUUCGUUCCUUGGCCUUGCCGGCUACUACCAACGUUUUAUCAAGGCCCACUUGACCAAGCUUCAAUGCGAGGAUCGGCCGUUUGACUUCGGAGAGGAUGCGCGGGAAUCAUUUUAGGCUCUCAAAGCCGCACUAUUAUCUGCGGAGGUCUUGCGCAUAUACGACCCGUUGUUGCCAACGCA